CCGCGGGCAGCCUGGGGGCCUCGGCGCGCUGACGGCGGCAAGAUGGCUCCCAAAGCGAAAGGCGGCGGCAAGGCGGGCAAGGGCAGCGGCAGCGGCGGCAGCAGCGAGGGCAAAGCCCAGGGCCCGAAGGGAGGCGGCAACGCCGUGAAGGUCCGGCACAUCCUGUGCGAGAAGCACGGCAAAGCCAUGGAGGCCAUGGAGAAGCUGAAGUCCGGCCUGCGCUUCAGCGAGGUCGCCUCGCAGUACAGCGAGGACAAGGCCCGGCAAGGGGGAGACCUGGGCUGGAUGACCAGAGGCUCCAUGGUGGGACCUUUCCAGGAAGCGGCGUUUGCCUUGCCCGUGAGCAGCAUGGACAAGCCAGUGUAUACAGACCCUCCUGUCAAAACAAAGUUCGGCUACCACAUUAUCAUGGUGGAAGGCAGAAAAUAAAAGAUGAAUGACCAUUA